AAGGGUAAACCACUCCAGAGUGGCUGGCGGAUAGGACGCGAAGAAGACGUCAAAGUGGAUUUAGCAUUGAGCUGUUUUGUCACAUUGCUGGUUAUUUUCCAUGCAAAAUGACUUUAAUCUGAUCUUUGUCCUUUCACCUGCUGGGAAGUGCCACAGCACACGCCGGAAAAUGUUCCGCCUGGGGAGGUUGUCCAUGGAAAUGAAACUGGUCAUCGCUACUGGGGUCGUGUUUUUCUCUAUGCUGAUAUCCCGAACUCUCUUGUCCGAUGCAUUGGACAUUGUCACGCGAGCCAAAUUGUUCCGGGUGCAGUUUCUGCUGCUGAUCAACUCUAUCCUGCUCAUCGGCUCGCUGUACAUUUGGAAAAGGACUGUAUCGGCGUUUACCAACUCCAUAUGUAUAUCUUAUCGGGUAGCACAAUGUUGGAGACUACUCGUGCUGCUGUUUCUCUUAUUCGCCCACUCCAGCCACCUGGCUAUGUUUUACCUGAUUGCAGAAGAACCGCACUGGUUGGCGCUGGUCAGCUACAGCUGUUUGGGUGCAUACUUCAUUCUCGUGUUCUUGCUGUUUGCUUUCCGGUGUGCAGUAUAUUGCCAUAAACUGGUGACGCGAAACCCGUCGACAACGAAGACCGAACUCCCGACAGGUGCGGUCACUGCUGCUGCCCAGUCCGCCUCUGGCCGCAUCCAAACGAUACUGGCUGUCCUGUUGACUGUGCUACUCACCGCCUUAAGUCUUAGGAACGCGUCGCUGCCUCCGGAGAUCGUCCGUGUUGAGAUCCCCGUGGAAAAACUCCCCCACUCACUCGAUUACCUUAAGAUAAUUCUCUUGUCGGACAUCCACCUGGGUCCCACCGUAGGCCGGUCCAGGCUCGAGCUGGUAGUAUCCAUGGUGAACAACGUUGAUCCAGACGUGGUGGUCAUCGCAGGUGACCUUGUCGACUCCCAGGUGUCUCGGCUACUGACGGUGUCGGAGCCGCUGCGGCACAUGAAGUCACGCCUGGGCUCCUACUUUGUCACAGGUAACCAUGACUACUACACUGCGGAUGUGGAGAGAUGGUUUUCCCACCUGCGCUCCCUCAGCAUCCAGCCGCUGCACAACGGGAAUGCCCGGAUCUUCCGGAAAGAGGGAAAGGAAGACUGGAUCUGUUUGGCAGGAGUGGACGACCUGGAGGCUAGAAUGCUACGGUAUCCAGGACAUGGGAUGGAUGUGAAAAAGGCUCUGACAGGUUGUGAUCCGGACUUACCCAUCAUCCUCCUGGCCCACCAGCCACAUGCCGCCCAACAAGCCCUGGAGGAGAGGCCGGACAUUGACCUUGUGCUCUCCGGACACACCCACGCGGGACAGAUGUUCCCCUUGUCCAUCUUCACGUACCUGGUGAACCCGUUCUUCCGCGGGCUGUACCGGGUCGGGCACAGCCAGGUGUACGUCACAUCUGGCACCGUCUACUACGGCUUUCCCAUGAGGCUCGGCAGCAGGGCUGAGAUCACUGAGAUCCUGCUCAGGGCUCCCUGAGAGGGGAGGAUACUUUUCACCUCCUCUUUUCCCUUGCUCCUUGCACCUCCCAUCGGGCAAGGCAGAAAAGAUGGCAAGAACAGGAGGUGAAGACGAGGGGAUGGAGAAAAUGUGAAUAAGGCAAAUGGAAUGUCCUCGCUCGCUCAGAUGUGAGUUUGAAGCCAUGCCAUACAGGUGUGGCAGAUGCGUUGAUCAUUUAUACAUCAUGCUUUCUGAAAAAUUACUUUUGCAAAGAAUGUGCUCGUUUUCUUGCUCAAGAAAUCUUCGGGUGCGUCCUUGCUCCUGGCAUCUAUCUCAUAGAAAGAACAUGUAGCGAAUUGGAAUUUCCUUAAAGAUGGUGGACUGUGCUUAGGCAAGGAUCAAGGAGAAAGGAAGUGAAAGAUAAGUGAUUGGAAUGAGGCAUCGGUCUCUCACUCACUCUCACUCAGUGACAGACAAACACACACUACACAUUGUUUGCCAUUGUUAUGGAGCAGUUCUGCAAAAAAUGACAUUAAGGUAUGUUUCUAUCCAGAUAGUCUCGUUGAGAUCUUUUAGAAAAACUCAAAUUUCUAAAUCUAGUGCCACGGUUACUCACAAACAUCCACAGAGCUUAAUAUUUUACACAGUUUCAUCACAAACUACUUUCUACGAAGUACGCCAACUGUGUAUAUCUACGCAAAGUCUCAACCAAAGCAUGCCAGCAUUCCAGGUCGCAGUUUCAACGUUGUUUUAAAACCAUAUCUUCAUUUUAUCGUCAAUUUCUGGUUGAACUGCCCCUUUAAUUCCUUUCCAAUUAUGAAUUGAAAAGUACUCAUUGAACAUUGAUGAUUUUUUACUUGCUUAAUUUAAAGAAAUGUUUUAUGUUAGGAAUUGACUGAAUUGAAGUGGAAUGGACUCCAGGUGUCUCACGCAUACAUACACACAAACACAAAUUAAGUGCCACUGAUACUUUGGACACCAUUGUUAACACGCCUGUACCCCUAGACGGUUAGGACUGUUGUCUAUAAUAAGUUGUGCAAUUAAUCAGCCUGUUGCUUGCAAACAAGUAUAAGAGAGCUUUCAGUAUCUAGUCUUGAUUCAAGACUUUUGAUUGCCUUUGGAGUCUUUUAUUGUGUUUGUCAGCAUGAGGACAUGAGGAGUUGUACCAAUGACAGUCAAGGAAGCCAUUAUGAGGCACGACAUGUGAAAUGUUGCAAGCUGAAACUUCCUGUUUGUACUGCUAAAUUUAUGCACUAUGGAAUCCAGUCAACCGAAGCCAGAGUGCAACAGCCUGCCUGAGAUAACCGUCAGCCACCCAGAAAAAUUAACCACUGAACUCCCAAGAAGACAUGUCAUGCCACUGAUAUUAGUCCUUGUCUUCACCUGCAGCAAUAUCAUUCUCGAUGAAGAACAGGAAUGAUAAUAACUGUGUGAUGAGAAGUGUGGGCUAACCUUAUUCGGCAGAAAAUGGAGCACAGCAUUACAUUGGUACCAAAAUGUAUGGAUACUUUUUUGUUUGACUUUAUUCAGACGGAGAAAGAGUGGAUAAGAGCCAGGGAAGGGAUCAAAGCUCGAAGUGUCAUGGCUGAUGAUUGGUCGGCUUCCCUUUCUGUUUUCUGCUGAUUAAGGUGUCAUCACGACUGUCUUACCUCUAUUAGCCCUGAUGAGGAACAGGCAGUGUGGGUCUGUGUCAAACCGUUCAUACAGACACCGUUCCAGUCCCUGCCCCUUUAGGGUGACAUCACACCACUUCAUCCUGGGUGGGGAUGUCGUGGGUGAGGACCUGCCCCCAUUUUGUGGUUUCUUUUACAGAUUAUUUGGAGUUUGAAUCAUGGUCGUGGGUUAGCAGUGGAAAAAGGGAAUGUUCUGUUGGCAGUUCCGAAUACAGUAGUUCUUCCAUUUCAGCUGUUGGCAUGGGUCCAAUUAUUUUGAUUACAUGGCAGUUUUCAUUGAAGCUGUAGGUUCAGGUUUUGUCUUCUUAAUCAUUUUAUAUAAUGAAGGUUUUUUGCAGUCGUUUUGAAUUCAUUUUGAAUUCAAUUCCUUAUGUUGUUUCACCUCCCAGCACAUCUUUAGUUUUUUGGCCAGUACUUUUAGGUUACCACGAGUAACUGCGAACCACAUGACAAGAGUACAAGGUUGGACAUCCCUCCCACUUGUUUUUGACCUCUGACCUCACCUCAUCUUGGCUGUGGUUCCAGACCGUUAUUUGCAUAUCCACUUGUAUGUUUGCUAUAUGUGAUGCAUUGAUUUAAACACUUUAAACAUUCACAGAAAGCUUAAUUGCACUGCCGUUGCUAAUUCUAAGGGCUGUGUCUGCCCUUUUUUGUUGUUGUUUUAAAACCUGUGGAAUCAAUAUGUUUGUUUUGUAAAAUUUGACUGUUUUUAAAAAUGUCUGUUGUUUGAAUAGAACCUUUAUCCCUUUACUAGUUUGGGAACAGGAAAGUGUGCUAGACAAUCUUCUGUUAGAACAAAAUAUAUUAUGUUUGAAUUUAACUGAAUGCCAAAUGGAAACCUACCACGCACUGAAUUAUAUGCAAAUACAAUUUUCAAUACUCUUA